GCAGAGAUGAAGUCUGGGAAAUCAUCACAUCUAAAGGAUUUACUUGGAGUAAAAGAUCACUGACUUCUACAAUGGAAAAAUCAUGGAUGCUUUGGACCUUUGUUAAAAGAUGGCUACUAGCUUUGGCUUCCUGGUCUUGGAGUCUCUGCCGUAUUUGUCUUUUGCCCUUGAUAGUGACCUUUCACUUGUACGGAGGCAUUAUACUCCUUAUAUUAAUAUUUGUAUCAAUAGCGGGUAUAUUAUAUAAAUUCCAGGAUGUUCUGCUUUACUUUCCUGAACAGCCCUCUUCAUCACGCCUUUAUGUUCCUAUGCCUACUGGUAUACCACAUGAAAACAUCUUCAUCAAAACCAAAGAUGGAGUUCUUCUCAAUCUUAUUCUCCUGAGAUACACAGGGGACAAUGCAGCAUAUUCUCCAACCAUCAUUUACUUUCAUGGGAAUGCAGGCAACAUUGGCCACAGGUUGCCAAAUGCUUUGUUAAUGCUGGUAAACCUGAAAGUAAACUUAAUUCUGGUCGAUUACAGAGGGUAUGGCAAAAGCGAAGGAGAAGCAAGUGAAGAAGGCUUGUACUUAGAUUCCGAGGCUGUCUUAGACUAUGUGAUGACUCGGUCUGAUCUUGAUAAAACAAAAAUUUUUCUUUUUGGCCGUUCCUUGGGGGGAGCAGUAGCUAUUCAUUUAGCUUCUGAAAAUUCCCAUAGGAUUUCUGCCAUCGUGGUGGAGAACACCUUUCUUAGCAUCCCAUACAUGGCCAGCACUUUGUUUUCUUUCUUUCCAAUGAGAUAUCUUCCAUUAUGGUGCUACAAAAAUAAAUUUCUAUCCUACAGAAAAAUCUCUCAGUGCAGAAUGCCUUCUCUCUUCAUCUCUGGGUUGUCUGACCAGUUAAUUCCACCUGUUAUGAUGAAGCAACUUUAUGAAUUAUCCCCAGCUCGGACUAAGAGAUUGGCGAUAUUUCCUGAUGGAACUCACAAUGACACUUGGCAGUGCCAGGGUUAUUUCACUGCACUUGAACAGUUCAUCAAAGAAGUAAUAAAGAGUCACUCCCCUGAAGAAAUGGCGAAAACAUCAUCUAACGUAACAAUAAUAUAAUUGAUAUUCUUCUUUGGGGGUGGGGUGGGGCAAGUACCUGCACUGUACCUUGAUUUGUGAUCAGUGGUAAAAGAAUGUCUGUUUUUAAAUGUAUGUCGUGUCUGUACUUGCCUAAAGAGUGAAAUUAAACUUGGAAAGGUCUGAUAUUUUAUUAAGGUGUUCCAGAUAACUUUUACAUUUGCAGCAUUGUAAAUGAACCAUUUUAUGUCUUUCUCAUACUUUUUUGGUAUCUCUGUCCAUAUAUUCUAUUUGUUUGAUAUGUACAACAGAUGCUAUUAAAAAAACUUGCUACAAAAGUAGUACAGAAUGUAUUUAGAACAUCAGGAGGCUCUUUGGUAUUCACUGCUGUAUGUGUGAGCUUUUUGGACAGCCAUGGUUAGCACAAUGAUUUGUUGCUUCUCUUAGAGUUUAUUUAAAAUGUGCCAUGCAUGAGAUUAGUGUUUUCUUUCUUAAAAUUUUAUAUUAUGCAAAGUGGGAAGUCUUUAAUGUGCUAAAUAAUAUAAAAUAUCAUAAAGGGUAGAGUAUACUUGCAGGUAUACUAUCCUGGGUUAUUACUGGUUUCUAUGGUUAUGCAAACUUACAUAUGUCAAACUGCAGCUAAAGAUGAAAAGAUACUUUCCUUAUUUUCAUUUACUAUUUGUAUUAUAAUAGUGCCCAGAAUGUUGUAUGUGCCUAACAUUGUGACUUGAGGAUUUUACCCAGGCAAUUUCUUUAUAGAAAAUAGAAGUAACUUUUUCUGAAAGAGAUCAGUGCAAUCUAAGCUCCUUUCUGCCUCAAGCUCUCCUCACUAAUGUACAGGCAAACUAUUUGUUAGUACCAGCUUGCUUGUGCAUUUGAGGUAGUAUUUCUUGAGGCAAAAUGGGUGGUCAUACAAGGUAAAAGUAGGUUUUUGUGUUCAGACUUUUAUGCUGCUGUAGUUAAAUAUUUGUUCCCUUUAUUUAUACUUCCUAAAGAAACACAUUCAAAUAAUUACCAGGGAUCACAUGAGAUAUAAAUGUGUACAGUUGUUACAGUGAUUAAAAUGAGCAGAUAAUUUUAGAUGGGUCAUAUCAUUGAGGGUAAGAAGACUGUAGGCAAUGUUUGACUGGAGCAACAAGCCAAGGCAACUGCACGAGGUUCAGCCGGAGGAAAGACCAGGGUCACAACAACCCCAUGCAACACUACAGGCUGGGGAGAGAGUGGCUUGAGAGCUGGUCAGCAGAAAAGAGACUUGGAGAUGCUGGUCAGCCCCUGGCUGCAUGUAAGCCUGCAGUGUGUCCAAGUGGUCAAGAAGGCCAAUGGCAUCUUGGCCUGUAUUAAAAAGUGUGGCCAGCAGGACCAGGGCAGUGACUGUACCCCUGUACUUGGCACUGAUGAGGCCACAUCUCAAGUCCUGUCCUCAGUUCUGGGCUCCUCACUACAAGAACAACAUUGAGGUGCUGGAGUAAGUCCAGAAAAGGGCAACAAGGCUGGGAAGGGUCUGGAGCACACGUCCUGUGAGGAGCAGCUGACGUAGAUAGUGGUGUGUAGUCUGAACAAAAGGUGGCUCAGGGGAGAUCUUAUUGCUCUAGAACCACUUGAAAGGAGGCUGUAGCAAAGGGGUCAGCCUCUUCUGCCAUGUUUCAAGUGCAAGGAUGAGAGGAAAUGGCCUUGCAUCAAAGAAGGUUCAAAUUAGAUAUUAUAAAACAAAUUUCACUGAAAGAGUGGUUUGCCAUUGGGCUAAGUUGCAGGGAGGUAGUGGAAUCACCAUCUCUGGAAUCGUUCAUGAGUCAUCUGGAUGUGACACUUGGGGAUAUGGUUUAGGCAUGAUUAUGGUUAGGUUGAUUGUACUAGAUGACCUUGAAGGUCUCUUCCAACAUUGAUGCUUCUGUGAUCAAAGACAUAUGCUGUUGGCUCAGUCUGUAAUGGAGUGUGGGAGCUGUUUAGAUCUCUUCUGCAGAUUUAAUUGCUCAUCUGCUGCAGCUGAGUUUGCCUCUUCAAAUUUUUUUUUUUUUAAUGGAAAGAAAAAACUGGAAGAUUUUCCACACACUCUGUAAAGUUGCCCUUUGGAUUCAAAUUUUUAAGUAAACUUGUCUGUUAUGUUGUUCUGACUCAGAAAAGCAUCUCAGCACACACUUAAAAUCUGUUUCCUGAGGGACAUAUUUUAAGCUUGUGCUUAAGGUCUCUGGUUGAAUAAAACUGCUUUCCUGAA